UUCAAACAAAAACAAAUGUAAUUUAAUUGAGAGAACAAAGAGAAAAGAAAAAGAAAAAUAAAAAUGGGCAACAAGAUCGCGCGAACGACGCAAGUAUCGGCGUCGGAGUAUUACCUGCACGACCUGCCUUCCUCAUACAAUUUGGUUCUGAAAGAGGUAUUGGGACGUGGCCGAUUCUUUAAGUCGAUUCAGUGCAAGCACGAUGAAGGCUUGGUCCUGGUGAAGGUGUAUUUCAAGCGUGGUGACUACAUCGAUCUCAGAGAGUACGAACGCCGACUCGCUCACAUCAAGGAAACCUUCCGUGUUAUUGACCACCCUCAUGUCUGGCCCUUCCAGUUUUGGCAAGAAACAGACAAGGCUGCAUACUUAUUGAGACAGUAUUUUUUUAAUAAUCUUCAUGACCGGUUAAGUACUAGACCUUUUCUCAGUCUUGUGGAGAAGAAAUGGUUGGCUUUUCAGUUACUUCUUGCAGUAAAACAGUGCCAUGAGCAUGGGAUUUGUCAUGGUGAUAUAAAGUGUGAGAAUGUGCUGGUCACUUCCUGGAAUUGGCUUUAUCUUGCUGACUUUGCGUCAUUUAAACCCACAUACAUUCCUUAUGACGACCCUUCAGAUUUCUCAUUCUUUUUUGAUACUGGAGGAAGAAGGCUUUGUUAUCUUGCUCCAGAGAGAUUUUAUGAGCAUGGAGGUGAGAUGCAAGUCGCACAAGAUGCUCCUUUAAAGCCAUCUAUGGAUAUCUUUGCUGUAGGGUGUGUAAUUGCAGAGCUUUUCCUUGAGGGUCAGCCCCUGUUUGAACUCUCUCAGCUGCUUGCUUAUCGCAGAGGGCAGUAUGAUCCCAGCCAACAUCUUGAAAAGAUCCCAGAUUCUGGAAUCCGCAAGAUGAUACUUCAUAUGAUUCAACUGGAACCAGAAUCGCGAUUUUCAGCUGAAAGCUACAUGCAGAAUUAUGCAGCUGUUGUGUUUCCAAUGUAUUUCUCACCGUUUUUGCAUAAUUUCUACUGCUGCUGGAAUGCUCGUCAUUCUGAUACAAGGGUUGAGAUGUGCCAGAGUGUUUUCCCUGAGAUACUUAAGCAGAUGGUGGGCAAUAAAUCAAGUGAUGAGACAGUUAGUGGACUUGGAACACCAUCAAUUGCUACUGUUAAAGAGUCACAAGAGAGAGUUGUAAAACAGAAGUUGAACUUUCAAAAUGACUUUUUUGGGAAGACAGAAAAGAUGGAGAAAGGUAUAGUCCAGAACAGGUUCAGACUUGGUGAUAUUAGUACCCUGCUUGGAGAUGGUAAACAAAGCCAUCACUAUUCUAGUGCGAAACCUAUGCUGAAGGAUGUGCAGAAUUGUCAAGAUCCCAGAAAUGGUGGUGUGCAUUCUGCUGGCGAGCUUCUUCAAAGCACUUCUGAUGCAUUUAGGAGAAACUUUCAUCCAUUCCUGAAAAAGAUUACAAUGAAUGAUUUAAAUUCAUUGAUGUCGGAGUAUGACAGCCAAUCGGACACCUUUGGCAGGACCUUUUUACCAUUACCUGAAGAUAGUGUGAAAUGUGAAGGAAUGGUUCUUAUUGCAUCUCUGCUCUGUUCCUGCAUACGCAAUGUUAAGCUUCCUCACAUGAGAAGGAGGGCUGUACUCUUACUGAAGUCUUCUUCAUUAUAUAUUGAUGAUGAAGAUCGCUUGCAGCGUGUUCUUCCAUAUGUUAUUGCAAUGCUUUCUGAUCCAGCUGCAAUUGUUCGUAGUGCUGCAUUGGAAACUUUGUGUGAUAUUUUGCCUUUAGUCCGGGAUUUUCCUCCUAGUGAUGCUAAAAUUUUUCCAGAGUAUAUCCUUCCAAUGCUUUCCAUGCUUCCUGAUGAUCCAGAGGAAAGUGUGAGAAUAUGUUAUGCCAGCAACAUAGCUAAGCUGGCACUUACUGCCUAUGGGUUCCUGGUUCACUCAAUAAGCUUGAGUGAAGCAGGUGUUCUUGACAAAUUGAGUUCACCACAUAAAUCACUGGCAUCCUCUAAUGAGACAUCUGGACAAUUGCAGAGAUUAAAUGUUGAUUCUCAGCUUGCACAGCUAAGAAAGUCCAUAGCUGAGGUUGUUCAAGAACUUGUAAUGGGUCCUAAGCAAACUCCUAAUAUCCGUAGAGCGCUCCUUCAGGAUAUUGGCAACCUUUGUUGCUUUUUUGGCCAGAGACAGAGUAAUGACUUUCUGUUACCCAUCCUUCCUGCUUUUCUUAAUGAUCGAGAUGAGCAAUUAAGGGCUGUAUUUUAUGGCCAGAUUGUGUAUGUCUGCUUCUUUGUGGGUGAAAGAAGUGUGGAGGAAUAUCUGUUACCUUACAUUGAGCAGGCAUUAAGUGAUGCAACAGAGGCUGUCAUUGUCAAUGCAUUGGAUUGUUUGGCUAUUCUGUGCAAAGGUGGUUUUCUUCGGAAGAGGAUACUUCUUGAGAUGAUAGAGCGUGCAUUUCAAUUGUUAUGUUUUCCUAGUCAAUGGGUGAGAAGGUCAGCUGUGACUUUCAUUGCUGCUAGCAGUGAGAGCUUGGGUGCGGUAGAUUCCUAUGUAUUCCUUGCCCCAGUUAUACGCCCUUUCCUCUGCAGACAACCAGCAUCUUUAGCUUCUGUGAAAGCUCUUCUUUCUUGUUUAAAACCUCCAGUGUCUAGAGAGGUUUUCUAUCAAGUGUUAGAAAAUGCUCGGAGUUCUGACAUGUUAGAGAGGCAGAGAAAGAUAUGGUAUAAUUCAUCUGCACAAUCUAAACAACAGGAAACUGUGGAUUUACUCAAGAGAGGGGCAAUGGAUUUAAAUUCAAUGAAGUACUGGCCUGACAAGCAACCAAGUAUAGAGGGUCAAAGGAUGGCAGUCAAUGCCUCAAAACGGUCUGAGUUGAGUAAAAGCCAUGAUGGUGAUGAUAAUGAUGAUGAUGAUGACGACGAUGAUGAUAAGGCUAAGCUGAGAAGUAUGGGAAAUUUUGUGUAUCAUGCUUCUAGCAUGGUUGACAUUCGGGAUCCUCUAUGCUCAGAGAAAUUUCAAUUCCCAGGCUUUAUGUCUCAACAGGUCAGUGGUGCAAAUAGCCUCUUAUGUGAUAAAUCAUCGGAAGGCAUACCUCUAUACUCCUUUACUAUGGACAAGCGGGCAGUUUUCCCUGCAGCUUCUGAUUCUUCCUUGCAUGUUAACUCCCUAGGAAUCAGUUCAUCAUCCAUGCCAUGGAUGGAUCCACUGAAUAAAUCUUUUAGCUUGGCCAGUUCAGUUCCUGUGCCUAAGCUUGUUUCAGGCUCAUUUAGCAUUAGUAAUGGUUCUAAACAGUUCUAUAGAGUAGUACAUGAACCAGAAGGCAGGGAAAAUGAUCAAACUACAUACGUGAACAGUAAAUUUCAAGAGAUGGGGAUAUCUAGCACAAUAAAAGGGAGUUCUAUAUCUGGGGAGGAUGCUUCUUCUCCUUCUGAUCUUAUGGGUUUGCCAUCUUUUGCACAAACAUCAUCAAUUUCAGAUUCAGGCUGGAAACCUCGUGGAGUGCUGGUUGCACACCUCCAAGAGCAUCGCUCUGCUGUCAAUGACAUUGCAAUUUCAAAUGAUCAUAGCUUUUUUGUGAGUGCAUCUGAUGAUUCCACUGUCAAGGUGUGGGAUUCAAGGAAGUUAGAAAAGGACAUUUCAUUUAGAUCAAGGCUAACUUAUCACUUAGAGGGAAGCCGAGCUUUGUGCUCUAUAAUGCUUCGGAAUUCGACUCAAGUUGUUGUUGGAGCAUGUGAUGGCAUGAUACAUAUGUUUUCUGUGGAUCACAUCUCCAGAGGUCUUGGUAAUGUUGUUGAAAAGUAUUCAGGUAUUGCUGAUAUAAAAAAGAAGGAUACCAAGGAAGGUGCCAUAGUUACCCUUGUAAACUACAAUGCUGAUAAUUGUGCCAGUCAGAUGUUUAUGUACAGUACUCAAAGUUGUGGGAUACAUCUGUGGGAUGCAAGAUUAAAUUCACAUGCAUGGACAUUAAAAGCAAUUCCUGAGGAAGGCUACAUAUCUUCUCUGGUGACAGGUCCUUCUGGAAAUUGGUUUGUGUCAGGAUCUUCUAGGGGUGUGCUCACUCUUUGGGAUCUGAGGUUCCUUAUACCUGUGAACUCAUGGCAGUAUUCUGUUGUAUGCCCUAUAGAGAAAAUGUGCCUUUUUGUUCCUCCUGCAAAUACCUCUCUAUCUACUAGUGCAAGACCUCUUAUAUAUGCUGCUGCGGGUUGCAAUGAAGUUUCACUUUGGAAUGCAGAAAAUGGGAGCUGCCACCAGGUCUUGAGAGUGGCCAAUUAUGAUGGUGAGGCUGAAACUUCUGAUUUGCCUUGGGCCUUUGCAAGGCCGUCCAGCAAGUCAAAUCCUAAACCAGAUCUGCGACGGAAUGUCAAUCCCAAGUAUAGAGUUGAUGAGCUGAAUGAACCUCCCCCUCGUCUACCUGGUGUUCGAACAUUACUUCCUUUACCUGGGGGUGACUUGUUAACUGGGGGUACAGACUUGAAGAUUCGUCGAUGGGACCACUGCAGCCCUGACAGAAGUUACUGUAUCUGUGGGCCAAAUUUGAAGGGGGUUGGAAAUGAUGAUUUCUAUGAAAUACGAUCGAGCUCUGGGGUGCAAGUUGUACAGGAGAGAAAGAGGCAACCGCUAACAACCAAGUUGACAGCAAAAGCAGUUCUUGCGGCUGCUGCCACUGAUUCUGCUGGUUGUCACCGUGACUCCAUUCUUUCUUUGGCUUCUGUCAAGCUGAACCAGAGACUCCUCAUAUCAAGCAGUAGAGAUGGGGCUAUCAAGGUUUGGAAGUAAAUGUUCUAAGCAUACAAUUGCCUUAUUGUACAUGUUUGAAAGUGUAUAUAAUAUAUUAAGAUUAAAUCUUUACUUUCCAGAUUCAAAAUCCUAACCACUUAUAGUUUUCCUUUUAAUUGUACCCCAGCUUGAUUUGUACAGCAUGCAAGCACCUAGGAACAGAUUGGAAUUCAUAUUGUUAAGUGAUAUCUUUUUUCGUAAUAAUAAAAUCUUAGAAUUAAA